CCCAUCUGUGCCCCUAGCCUCCUGCGGCUCCCAUCUGUGUUUUCUGUGUUCAACAGGUUAUGGGCCCCGCUCUGACCUAUCUAUAACUUCUCUUCUUCUCCCCCUGCCCCUCAUUGGCCUUCCCCUUGCUGCGCAUUUUUCCGAUCCUGCCUGAUCUUCAUUCUGCCACUAUCUGCCACUAUCUGCCACCUCCAGGACCACCAUUUCGACCUCAUCUACCUGCACAACCAUGUUGGAGAAAGGGAUUGGGAUGGAUCAGCCAGAUCUUGGGUGGAGAUGUUGGGGAGAGUUUCAGAUUCAUUCAGAUGAGUUCACAGCUAUCACACAGCUGCUGCAUACACACAUUCCUGGAGUGCCCCCUGCUUCACUACUCUCUCUCAGCCACUCUCCCUGCUCCCAACCCCUCCCUCCUCUGCUGAUUUCGAUGGAUUUCGACGAAUUUCGCUCUGUGCUUCUUCCCCUUGCACACACCAGUCCCCACCACCCUACCCUGUCUUGUGAAGGUCGAAAAUCGCGUUGGAUCCCCUUGGAUCUUGUUGGAUCUUGGUGGAUUAGCCAGAUCUUGUUAGAUCUUCCUGGAUCUCUGCUGGAUCUCUGACCUGGAUGCUGAAGAAGACUCGAAUUGGGUGCAGGGGCUGUCCGGAUUUUCGAGGAUCUGUUGGAUUUCAAUUGGGUGGGAGUGGGAGUGUCUCAGUUGGGUGGGAGUGGCUGGGUUUCUGGAUUGCUUUGUCCUCCCAAGGGUGGGAGUGUUGAUGUGUGGAU